UACGAGACUGAACGUAUGAAUUUUCUCUUUCCGUUCCAGAUACCAUCGUACGACCCGAACUCUCAUUGUCUGUGCGUCGCCGGUGAAGUAUAUUGUUGGUGGCAGAAUUACAAUCCGAACACCGAUCCUUCCGCCGGCCCCUCGUUCCUCCCAUCGACGACGAUAGAAAGUAAUUACACGCCGUCGCUGGAGGGAAGCACGGAUGCCGUCGACAGUUUGGAAGCUUCCGGUGAUCCGGCGGAGGAGCCUUCUGUCGAGCAACAGGGAUACGCGGAGAUUAACGCGACCUACUCGACUACCUCGCAGCCAGUACCAACUACGUGUCUCGUGAUGGGAAGGGAAUACCGUGAGGGCGAGGUACUUCCGCAUUCGACCGGAAACUGCAUUGAAUGCAGCUGCGGAUCCGAGGGCCGUGUCGAGUGUUCGCCACGGGACUGCGUGGCCCUUCGACCCGAGAUACCAGUUGCACCAGAUAUACCGGACGCACCAGAUGGCGAUUUCGAAGUUUUCAAUCUUGCCAGGGAUCGGGGAAUCGACGAGAGCUUCUAAAAAAUCCGAUAAUAACGAUUGUCGCCUGCUCCAUGAGAUCUUCGAACGCGUGACUCGUGAGAGACUCGACUUUCGUGUAAUCGCGGUCUUCGACGAGUUUCGCCUUUACCUAUUAAGCUUUUCUUUUCUAUUCGGAAUUUGUUGAUCGAUAUGAAUUAUACGUGAAAGUCAAACAAUGUUAAUCAUUACGUUAACGUUAAAAUGAAUUAUUUAAAUUUGUGUGGUUUUUCUGAUUUUGAAAAUGGCGAAUGAAGAGUUAGUAUUGUAUACAUACGUGAAUCAUAGUUUAAUUUUCGUAAAAGUGGGUCAGGAUUCUAAGAGAAAUAAUGAAUUCCUUAAAUAAGUAAUCAUCUUAUCUGUAAUAUUAUCUUUUUAUAGUAUCGAAACUAUAGUGGAUUAAUCACGCUUAAAAAGUAAAAUUAUAACUGUCGUAUUCUUAUUUCUCGCAAAGCUUGUUUCGUUCAAAUGGCAAAGCAUGCUCCAAACUUUCGAGCAGGAGUAUACGAAUGUGUUUUGUAGCAUGUAAAAUUUAUUGAUGAUUUAUGAAUAAUUUGUAACGAUACGAUUGCAACAAUUGGGAAUAUAGCGAAAAAUAAGAUUGGUUAUUUUGUACUAUGAUUCAUACUAAUUCCAUUUGAGAAUUAAUUUAAAAUAGAUAAAACCUUAAAUAUUAGAUUUUAUUAAAAAUUUAUUCUACUAGAAAUAUAACGAUACAUUAAUGAUAGGAAGUAUUAAAAGCGAUACUAGUAGUUAUUUAUGUUAUUUAUAAUAUAAUUUAGUAGUAAUAAUUGUAGAAAUAAUUUUUUUAUAAACUUUGAGGAACAUAUUGGUAUACAUGUUAACCGUAAAUAAUUAAUGUAUUGUAGAGUGAAAAUUGAAUGCAAUUUCUCGCACGAUUAUUUUCGUAUCGAUCAACAAUAUGUUGAUACAUAUCUGUACGAUCAUUGCGUUUCAAAUACCAGUUUACGCAAUCCUCCAGUUUAACGAUCCUCCAACCGUAUGGAAUGAUUUUCUUAUUAAAAAUAUUUAUCUAUGGGUCGAGAUCCAGGUUUUUAACAAACGGAAAGAAUUAUCAAAGUAUUUUUUACGCAUCUCACAACAUAUUAAAAGUCACAUGAUUUUAACGAGAAAAAUAUUCUCGACCGGGAAGUGAUUACACGGUUGAAGGAUCUGUAAGUACUAAUUAGUUUAAUUUAUAUAUCUUCUUAUCCGUGUUCUCUCAAGCCUUAAGCUUUUCUCCUUUUGUUUGAAACGCGAUUCCGGUUGAAAGAGUUCUACGAAAGAGAAAAAGAAAACUCUGAAAAAUCGAUUACCGAUAAUGAAACAAAAGGAACCUUAACUACUUUCUUUUCACAUACCUGAAUAAUUAAACGAGACAGGAAUUAGAUAUAUAUAAUUAUGUAUGAGAAAAGUAAAGAAUACUUAACUUCAAAGAAAAAUAUAUUAUUGCAAAUUACAACGAUGAUUAAAGAGAGAGCAAGGUUCAAUUUCAACGUCGUCGAGUUAUCGUCGUAAUGAUCAGUAGCUUGAAUCGACCCAGGCCAAGCCAAAUAAUAUAUUUAUGUUCAAUUUAGUGAUUUAAUGAGAUCGAUAGACAGCUUUAAGCCAGGACGUUAUUCCAACAUUUACGAGCCAACUGUAAUUUAUUACCCCCAGGACUUCUAAACGUUUCACUAGCGUGGGCCUAAUUUAUCAAACGGUGGAUCUUAGAAACGAUCCAUCUAGAUACCAAUUAAUUACGAACAAAUUUUAUCUAAUCGUAGUGCGUUUGCAAAUUGCAUUUCUUUAUCAGGAUUAAUAUUGUUACCAUUUUUACCAUCCACUACAACUUACUAUUACCUAAGAAACGUUAACGAAUCUUGAGAAAAUGUUCCUCACGCAAGAACCUCCAGCGCCACGAAAGUACCAAACGAUAGAUUAAUAGCGAUUAAGUACUCGUUCCUUAAGAGAACUCACAUUCCUGAUACUUCCUUUUUAUUUCUAACAUUUGAAUUCUUCGAAUAACUUAAACUAGUCCCAGAAGAAAAACUCCGUUUUGAACAAAAUGCUCCGUUUAUUCAUCUUGCGUUUCAUAAUCCUCUUUCAUCGAUGGAAAAAGUGGAGAUUUGCGCACCAGGAUAGAUCCUCGAGCGGUACAAUUUUUCUAUAAGACGACCUACCGACGAUCUAUCCUCAUACCGACGAAUCGUCGCCACGAUCGUCACUAAGUAUCGUGAUUAAGUGAGAACUCUCGGCCAAUUUGGCCACACAUUUUCUAUGUAGACACCCGUAGAUGUUAGAACGCAAGUUUGAACGAUAGGUCCCGCGCGCUUCAGUUCUCUGAAUGAGGGAUCGUUGUAGUUCUCUCGUCUGUUGUACGGUAUUUUGUACGCGUUACGAGAAUGGAAGCGAUUACUUCCCACCAUGUUAACGAUAAACAAAACUAUAUAAUUCUGUAGACGUCGGCCUACAACGUACGAAUUAAUAAGUCGGGUAUGAGAAAACCGGCCUGUUCGGUCUCGGAAUCGAGUACCCGUUUUAAGAGAAGAAGCGUUACAGAGCUUGGAUAGUUCUGGAUCUUUGUCAUAAGAUCGUAAAUGAUACUCGUGUCAUUCAUAUCUUUCGUCAUAUUCUAGUCGAGACGUAGCCAUAUCCUGUUCACGGUCGGUACGUUCGGCCUUGUAGCUUGGAUCGUAGGGACGGCAAUGCCUUGCUACUCCUACUACGAAGAAAGCACGACCUGUACGAGACGUUGAGAAAGCUUAUUGAACAAACUCGAUUGGCUUGUGGCUCGCAAGCCGGCAAUCUGGUGAAACGAUCUUU